GUUUGAAUAGUUUGAAUAUGUGAGGUAGAGGUAGAGAGGUAGACUCAUUUGUAGCGAUGGCUUCGUCAAUGAGUCGAAAACUGGGGAAGUCGCUUCUGCAGCUGUUCAGCGUUUGGUACAUAGAAUGCCUGCUGCAAGCAUUCGUACCAGGGGCACUCGUGAAUGCAAGGCAGCUUGCACAAACACGGUUGGCAGCUGAACCCAAGAAACGACAGUUGCCUCCGUUGACAAGUCCCGCAAAUCCUGAAGAACACGUCUUCAUUCCCUUGGAAGGUUAUGGACAGAAGAUAGAGGAUUUGUUUGAAGAACAGGAGUUUGUGUUCGUUCGUGGAGGUGUUGCCGUGGGCAAAAGCACCAUGGCGAUUCAUUUGGCACGGCAGUUCCCAGAGACAUUUGUUUGCGUUCCCUUCGCCAGCGCUGCACAAGAGACAUGGAUUGCAAACAUCAAUGAGGCAGUCCGUAGCGCAACAGGAACUGCAAAACUGCAAGAGACAUCGCCUUUACUUUGCUUGCAAACUGCUCUCCAGUUAGCAGCUGACAACAAACUCAUUUUGGUGUUGGAUGAAGCGCAUACAAUUUUUUCGUUACCACGACUUUGCGAAUCUCUCUUCAAGAGUGCAAGACACCCCAAGUUGCUCUUGUUUUCGGCAUCAGGGGAGGGAAAGAGGAGCGGCGACGUCACGCCUUCCGAGAUCAAACAGAAGUUCUUUUGGACUCCUCCUGUCCCUGAAACAGAUGCUCUUGAUGAUCUUGUCACAGAGUUGAAAGAGGCAGAUGUGCAACUGUGCACUGAAAGUGUGGCUUUCUUUCUCAAAUUUUGCGGCGGCCACAGAUCAAUUUUUGUUGCUGCUAUGAUGUGGGUCAAAAAGAUGCAAGGUGGAACUUCUUGGGCAUUUAGUCAAACAGUCGCAAAAGUUCGAGACAGCAUUGGGCAGGGAAGUUGGGCAACUGGCACGAUCUUGGGUGCACUUGCUGAAUCACGAGGAGUGAAGGUGAAUGGAGAUUACAGUGACCUUGACGUAGUGCCAAAAGAAUUCAUUCGACUUCUCUGUGAAGGUCAAGGUAAUCUUUCUGAUUUGUCGAUGCGGCGUGAGUUGACCAUCCAGGGAUUUGUCAUCCCUGUCACGGAAGGUAAUGCUGAGUUCCAUCAGCUGGACUGGGCAAAACCAGAUGCCACGUAUGCUGUUGCCAAUCCAAUUCUGGCCUCCUACUACAGGCAUCAAUUAGAGAGCUUUCGUGGAUUGAAAGUGAAGGUGAAGGAUGAACACUUUGUGCCCGUCAAUUGUAUGGAUUUGUUGAUUCGCGCAAUGCCAUACCUGACUUUUGCGCAGGUGGUCUCCUUUGCUGUAGACCUUGAAUCGAAUUCCUCCCUUUCUGUGUCAGACUUGCCGUAUGAAGAUCAAUACACUGGUGCCAUCACACAUGCUCUGCAGAGAUUGGGGUAUAAAGCUUUUGCACCUUUGAACCCACGCAAUGGCAAAGUUGAUGUGCUUGUGAAGAUUGAGCAGACAGCUUUCAGCUUGGAAUGCAUCAUGGCAAAAAGAGGCGAACAAAGCCACAAUGAGCAUCGCAAUCGCUUUGACAAUGAAAACCUGACAAACUACUUCAAUGCUGACCACAAGGCACUCCUCACGAUCGGAAGUGUAGAGACUGUGCGUGAACGAGUCAGGAAUACAAGGGCUGAUGGUGUGGAGAUCAUCGGUUUGAUGCCAAACAUCGCGCACACUGGUUACCACGUUCUGUACCGAGGUGCCGCUGAGGGUACAGAUUUGGUGGAGUACUAUGUCGAGUGCGACCUCGUAGCACGUGCGUUGGAAAGGAAUGAUCGAAUCCGCUGCAUCCAGAAGAUGUCGCACAUCAACCCACCACGUUUAGACCAAGCCUUUGGAACCAAAGUCGUUUGGGUGAGGCAAUUGCAGAAGGAUGGCACUGUCUUGCAGGACGACAAUGACGACUUGAAGUUUGUCGGCAACGCUUUCCAGAUUGACCCUGCGCCUUCAAACAUCGACUAUUUGAAGAAGGCAAUCAAGAAGGAGGAGGAACUAUCCAUUGCGCCUUCCAAAAUUGAUAUUUUUAGCCAACAGGAUGGAAGUUGGAUUAGAGAAGAAAAGAUGUCGGCAAGCCUUCGCGACACGGAUGAGACAGAUUGCUAUGGCUUCACAUUGCCAUCAGCGUGAGUGAAACCAAUUGAGAGCAAGGGUUCCCAAUAGUUUCACCGAAUUCCAUCUUUGGAGUAAAUGUAGAGUGGAUGUCGCUGUGGCAUGACCGUGCAUCACUCACAAGAUAUGAGACUUGACACUGCGUUGACACUCUUGUCCAGCAGGUUGUGCACACGGCGGGUGAAGAAACAGUGAACCAAGAAGCUGUUUAAGAUACGUUUCACUCGGGCAAUGUAUACGCCCAAGCACAGCCACGAAUCCAACCAUGCAUCGUGAGAAAAGGUAAGUGUUUGAUUUUGAACCGGCUUUCCUGAGAGAAACUUGAAAAGAAAACUGGAGGAAUAUAUAUAUAUAUAUUGAAAAUUCGUGGAAAAGAAGUGGA